CUGCUACGACAGAUAUUCUCCACGUAUUCCUCCAGUCUUGAACGCUGAUAACUAAGUCUCCCUCCCCAGGGCCCGGAUCCCUGAGGAAGAGAAGCCAAGCUUCGGCCAAUUCUCCACCGCAUGCUGAGCUGAGGCGGGUUGGUGCACCACCUGUCGUCGGGUCUCUUUGAAGACCGCAGCUACCGGAACUUGUGGGGGAGCCCUUACGCCGGACCGGCCAGACUGCGACUGUCGACUAUUCCUCUUUAGCAGGUAGCGAGACCCACCUCUAAACGUUAGUCAUCUAACGAGGCCCCAGCGCGUUGCAGCCAGGGCUCGGCAUGCGAUUGAUCCCGGCUCCCAGCCGCGCUAACGUCGAGCCUCCUUUGGCGUGUGGAGAUUUCGCGACUGACUCGGGUUGUCGAGACCGCUUUGGUUCUGUGUCUUGGAUGCCCCCGUGGAACCGCGAUGCCCACUUUGCGCGAGCGACCCAGCAGAGGCGAGAUCUCGCCCGCUAAGAAAUCCUCCCCUACUGCAAGCAAAUCUACGCCGAGAUCCCACAGGAGCAGCAUGGCUGGCGACGCAAUCGAGGUGCGCGAAUCGAUCGAGGCAAAGGUCACCAGCAACAACGGGGAUGUCGAGAUGAAGGAUGCCGACAACGCCCCGCGCAAGGUCCGCGAAGAUGUAGACGCGGACGCUGAUGCGGAUGCCGACGCUGAUGUAGAUGCGGAUGCAGAUGCAGAUGCCGACGCAGAUGGGGAAUCGGACGAAGACAUGGACGAUGCGCAACACGAUGACUCUUCUCCCGACAUACUGCAGCUCAUCAAGGAGACAUCUGAGUACCUGUGCCAUUAUACGGUCAAGGUGGAUGGAGAGGACCACGAGAUCGCCUCGGGCUUCCAGCGCCUGGUAAACAAACGCAGCCUCCCCGACUAUUUCGAGGUCAUCAAAGAGCCCAUGGCCUUCAGCACCAUUCGGGCCAAGCUCGGCAAGAAGACCUACACGGGGUUUAACGAGUUCGUCAACGACGUUAUGCGCAUAUGUCACAAUGCGCAAGUUUACAACAGACCAUCAGCUCCCAUUUUCUCCGACGCUGCGCGCUUGCAGGAGGUCUUCAAGGAGAAUCUCAAUGAACUGGUCAGUAAAGGCGAUAUUACUGCCGAAGAAGCCGCGUUGCCCGAUCUUGGGCCAUUGCCAGAGUUCGAAGACUCGCCACCCCCGGAAGACGAGGAGGAGGUGGAUGAGGACGACGAAGAAGAGGACGAGGAAGAGGACGAAGACGAAGACGACUCUGACGACGAAGGCGGGCGCCGCCGGGCGCGGAGACGUGGACGUCAGUCUGGAGCGGGCAGAAGAGAUCGCGGAGACGAUGGCGAUGAUCCUCAUAAGAAGCGCGGUAGACCGCCCAAAGUCUUCACGCCGUUAGAGGGGCGCAUUCAGGCGUUGCUCAAGGGGUUGCGCAAGUACAAGAAUGACACCGGGCAAUUGCGCGUCGUCCACUUCGAGAAGCUCCCCGACAAGGCAGAGCUUCCGGAUUACUAUACCGCAAUCCGUAAUCCCGUUGCGCUGGACCUGAUCAAGAAGAAGCAUAAGCGCAAGAAGUACCAGAACGUCGAUCAGGUUCUCCAAGACCUGGAGCUGAUGUUCGAGAAUGCGAAAGAGUAUAACGAAGAGGGCAGCGAGGUCUACGAAGAUGCAGUCGAGCUGCAGAAGCAGGCGCGCAUCCUGACCGAGCUUGAGAAGGCGAAGCCAGACGAUGCAUUCCGCGACGAAGACGGGAAGCUUCCCCUCGCCAGUAUAGAGUAUCGGGGUGAGAGUUGGAAAGUCGGCGACUGGGUACAUAUACGUAACGCGAACGACUUGUCGAAGCCAAUUGUCGCGCAGAUCUUCCGGACAUGGUCAGACGCAUCGGGCCAAAAGUGGGUGAACGCUUGCUGGUAUUACCGCCCGGAACAGACGGUCCACCGGUUCGACAAGUUUUUCUACGAAAACGAGGUGGUCAAGACGGGUCAGUAUCGCGACCACCGGAUUGAGGAUGUCGAAGACCGGUGCUUCGUCAUGUUCAUCACUCGCUAUCCCAAGGGGCGACCGCGAGGCUUCCCGCGGGACAAGGCUGUCUAUCUCUGCGAGGCGCGGUACAACGAGGAAAAAUAUAGAUUUAACAAGAUCAAGACUUGGACGAGCUGUCUCCCGGACGAGGUCCGCGAGAGGGACUACGAGAUGGAUCUAUUCGAUAACGCCCGCAACCUGAAGAAGAACCCCAGCCCGAUCAAGCACCUUCUGCAGGCUGACGCCAAAGAGACUGAUGAGCCUCCUAAACCGACCUGGAGGAGCCCGAACGCGCCUCCGUUGAUUGGGGCGGUCCAUCGCCGACCUCGAGAGCCAAAUGAGUCGCCCCCUCCUGAGCCCCAUGCUCUGCCUUUGCCCACGGCCAUCGCGCCGGUGCCGCUUUCCAUAGGACCUCCCCACCGCGGCAACCACCUGAAAGGUGACGUCGGGGUUUCGGGAACGCCAGGGUAUCAUCAUCCUGCCGUAGCCGCGCCUGCGCCCGCGCCGUCGCCAUCGCACUACAUGCAGCAAUUUGCGCCACGGCAGGCACCGCCUCCUGCUGCCCCAGCACAGCUUCAUCUCCAACCGCAACCACAACCCGUGCCAAUGCAAAUGCACUACGGAGCACAACCCCAGGCUCCGCCGCCACUUCACUACCAGACACCAGCCCACCUCGCCCCAGCUUACGACCCGCAUCAUCGCCCGGUGCACCCAGCUCCAGGCAUGACGCCCACUCGCCAGACCAUGCCGCCGACACCAAGCUCUGCAGCGAUGCCGCACGCAAACCCCAGCACAGGCAACGUCUACAACGUGCCUCGCGCCCCCGAGGUUUAUACUCUCGCCGACGGCCUUGAUACCGCCAUCCCAACGGAAGUGCGCGACCAGUUCCAGCGCGACGAGCAGGGCUGUGUUCUUUUUUUCACCGCGCCGCCUCUCAACCGGUCGACGAGCGGUGUCGCGGAACAAUACGCAGGAUUAGGCCACAGCGUCAGCCACCUGGCCAACAUCAAGAAGCUACGUGAGGAACGCGCCAAGAAGCGCAAGGAGCGCGACGAUGCUACGGCUGCCGAGCAGGCCGCCAGAAAGAAGCAGGCGGCCAUGAGCGAGGCGACAGCACAGGAGCAGGCUGAGGCCGAGCAGCAAACCAAGGCCCAGCUGAUGGAGAAGGUGAUUCUCGAGUGGUGCGCCGAAAUCGACCGCGGUACUGUAAUGAUCAACGACAGCCUCGGGGACUGGAAGACAUUGAUGCGCGAAAGCCGAGCCGAGAACUCUGGCAAAACGUCUACCGAGCUCCGCUCCAAAGUUCUCGAGUGGUUCUACAACGAUAGUCUCAAGCGCGGCGCUAUCACAGCCGAACAGAAAAAGGAACUAGAGGAUUGCUUCAUCCGCCACAAGUACCUGGAAAAUUGA